UACUACUACCUGAUAAAAUAUUCUUUCGGGCCCCUUUCAAACCAGUAACCCUUUCUAAUUUGAAUUGAAAAAGUAUUAAAAUUUCUUUUGUUCUAUGAAGGUCACCGACCCCAAUAGCCUAUCUUCAUUCUUUUGAGUUCAAUCUCUCUCUAUUUAUCUACUUACUAUUUAUAAAUAUGGUAUAAUCUUAAGUUCAUAUGAUCCCCUUACUAAACGCGUCAGUGAUCAUGUUUUGCUGACUUAUUAAUUCUCUCUUCUUUUCUCACUAGUGCUCUCCCUCUUUCUUUGCCUAGCUGUUUUAUUGCGAAAAAAUUUAUUUAUGAUCGUUGGUCAUUGAAAGAGGGGGUUUAUAGUUUUGUUUAUUGUGGGUUGGGGUUGAAUUCUUAAAACAUGAAGAGAACAAAAUUUGAUAUGUUCAUGUCUCUGAGUCGUCAAAGAUCGGUCCAAGUUUUGAUUUUUAUAGGUCUUGUUUAUGUUUUAAUGGUGGGUUUAGAAGUUCCUUUCGUUUUCAAAACUGGGUUCAGUUUAGUUUCUAAGGAGGGUGAGGGUUUUGCUAACCGCCAUUUGAAUUCAAAGACUUUUGUGCUUGAAAGUGAAGAGGACGAGGAAGAAAAGAAGGCCCCAAAUCGCCCUCUUGAUGUCCCACUUAGGGUUGGAAUUUCCAAUCAAUCCAAUUCCAGGCCCGAGAGAAAAAUCAGAGAAUUGCACACUUUGUUAUCAAAUUUAGUUUUUGAUGGCAGUUCCGUAAAUAUGAAUAGCACAGAUGGGUUUUCUGGGAUUUUGAAAUCAGCAAAGGAGGCAUUUGAGGUAGGGAAAAAAUUCUGGGAAGAGCUUGAAUUGCACAAACAAGAAGUGGUUCCUGUAGAAAAAAGUAACAAGACAGAGGAAUGCCCCCAUUCAAUUUCAAUUUCCGGGUCGGAGUUUCAAGAAAAAGGGAGAAUUUUGGUGUUGCCAUGUGGGCUUACAUUAGGGUCUCAUAUUACUGUUGUUGGAAAGCCAAGGAAGGCCCACUCGGAGCAUGACCCGAAGAUAUCUUUGCUGAAGAAUGGCCAAUUCUUGAUGGUUUCACAGUUUAUGAUGGAAUUACAGGGGCUGAAGACAGUUGAUGGAGAGGACCCGCCAAGGAUUUUGCAUUUUAAUCCGCGAUUGAGGGGUGAUUGGAGUGGGAAGCCCGUGAUUGAACACAACACUUGUUAUAGGAUGCAGUGGGGGACAGCACAAAGGUGUGAUGGCUGGAGGUCCAAGGAUAAUGAGGAGACUGUUGAUGGACAGGUUAAGUGUGAAAAUUGGAUUCGAGAUAAUGACGAAAAUCAUACUGAGCAAUCAAAGUCAUCAUGGUGGUUAAACCGGCUUAUUACAGGGCGAACAAAGAAGGUGUCUAUUGAUUGGCCAUUCCCAUUUUCGGAGGAUAAGUUAUUUGUGCUAACUCUUAGUGCCGGCUUUGAGGGCUAUCACAUAAAUGUUGAUGGGAGGCAUGUGACCUCGUUUCCAUACCGAACUGGAUUUGCCCUUGAGGAUGCCACUGGUUUGUGGAUGAACGGUGACAUUGAUGUUGAUUCAGUGUUUGCUGCCUCCUUGCCUUCUACACAUCCUAAUUUUGCUCCUCAGAGACAUCUUGAUAUGUCAAACAGAUGGAAGGCACCACCUCUCCUUGAUCAGCCUGUAGAUAUGUUCAUUGGUAUUCUUUCUGCUGGCAAUCAUUUUGCUGAGCGAAUGGCUAUAAGGAGGUCUUGGAUGCAGCAUCAGCUAAUCAGAUCUUCAAAUGUUGUGGCUCGGUUCUUUGUUGCAUUGCACGCAAGAAAGGAGGUAAAUGUGGAGCUAAAGAAAGAAGCAGAAUUUUUUGGUGACAUCGUCAUUGUUCCUUACAUGGAUCACUAUGACCUCGUGGUUCUGAAAACAGUUGCCAUCUGUGAAUAUGGGGUCCGUGUAGUAUCUGCCCAAAAUAUCAUGAAGUGUGACGAUGACACCUUUGUGAGAGUGGAUGCAGUUAUCAAGGAAGUAAAUAAAAUACUUGAAAAUAGGAGCUUAUAUAUUGGAAAUAUCAAUUACCACCAUAAACCCCUACGUAGUGGUAAAUGGGCAGUGACAUAUGAGGAAUGGCCAGAAGAAGAUUAUCCGUCUUAUGCAAAUGGACCUGGCUACAUUGUUUCAUCAGACAUUGCCAGCUUCGUUGUCUCAGAGUUUGAUAGUCAUAACUUAAAGUUGUUCAAGAUGGAGGACGUGAGCAUGGGAAUGUGGGUUGAGAAAUUCAAUAGCUCAAGACCAGUGGAAUAUGUACACAGCUUGAAGUUCUCGCAAUCUGGAUGUGUAGAUGAUUAUUACUCAGCUCAUUACCAAUCACCUAGGCAGAUGAUCUGCAUGUGGAACAAACUGCAACAGCUAGGCAAACCUCGAUGCUGCAACAUGAGAUGACAAUUAGAGAUAAAGAGAAGGGUAACUAAGACUUGGGCAAGGAGAGAGUUAGACAAGUUUUUGCAGUUAUAGAAACCAUGAGCUGUAAACUUUCUUGAACACUCGGUUUUAGAUAUGAUAUGGGCUGCUUAGGAGCCCUUGAAAAUUCAUUCUUUUGCUAUCUCUACCUUCUCUUUUUCCUUUCAAUUUUUUAAAUACCUUUUCCAGCCUAUCUGUGGUUGUAUAAAGGUAUGGAAAUACAUGUGCAAAGAGAAUAUCCAUAUACACUUUUAUAUGUGUCCUACAUAGCAUAGAAUCAGAGCUUGAUAUUCCAAGCAAGUUUCUUCAA